AUGGCCGCCGGCUCCCAGAACAUGACGUCGCAAGACUGGAUGCUGCUGGCGCUGAGCGGCAUUGGCGGCCAGGCGUCCCAGCACAAGCUCGGCCGAGUCUAUGUGCAGCGCCUGUUGGAGAAUGGCGAUGUCCAUGUUGCGGUAACGAUUAUGCUCGGGAUGGGCGACUACAAUGAUGCCAUUGAGGUCUACAUCUCACACAAGCGGUAUAUGGAGGCUCUCAUCCUCACCUGCCUGGCCUUUCCCAGCGUCUGGGAGCGGCAAGCUGCCAUUGUGCGCAAAUGGGGCGAGUGGGCCGUCAAGCAUGGCCAGCAGCAACUGGCGAUUCGUUGUUUUGCCUGUACCGACCAGGAGUCUUCGGAGCCAUGGACCUCGCCAUCAGCUGCCCAGCUCAACUUUCAGAACAUCACCCCGAGCAUCCCCGAGGUGCUGAGUCCUCCUCUGUCACCCCCGGGCAUCCAGAGAGGCCCCCAGCGCAGCGUCGCCAAAGCAUCGGCGCUGAAGCUGAUCACAUCGUUUGGAGAUCCCAACCAAAAGGCUAAGUUCUACUCGCAUGUCGACGGCGGCCAGACACCGAUUGCGGCUGGAGUGACGCCGAUUGCUGAGUCGGCCAUCUCCCCGGGAGGCGCCUAUGAUCCCGCGACUGCGUUCCUCCGCCCGUCGGGCAAUAGCAGGUUCAACACGCCGACAUCAGCCCGCCCUAUCGGUCAGGGCUUCAGCCGCGGACGUUUGCCCUCUAUC